AUGAUGGAUCCGGAGAUGUUGCGGCUGGCGCAGGAGCAGAUGCGCCGCAUGUCGCCGGACGACCUCGCCAGGAUGCAGCAGCAGCUGAUGUCCAACCCUGACCUCUUAAGGAUGGCUUCUGAGAGUAUGAAGAACAUGAAAGCUGAGGAUUUAAGGCGAGCGGCGGAGCAGAUGAAUCAGACAAGACCAGAGGAUAUGCGUGAUAUGACUGAGAAACUCGCCAACACUACGCCCGAGGAGUUUGCUGCUAUGAAGGCUCAAGCAGACGCUCAAAUGUCGUAUGCUAUAUCUGGUGCCAAGAUGUUAAAGAAGCAGGGAAAUGAACUUCAUAACCAGGGACAGUAUGCGGAUGCUGCUAGCAAAUACAAACUGGCCAAGGAUAAUUUAAAAAACAUACCAUCGUCUGCGGCGCAUACUCUGCAGUUGCAAUGUACCCUUAAUCUAAUGGCUUGUUAUUUGAAGACGGGGCAAUUUGACGAAUGCAUAAGCCAAGGUUCAGAGGUUCUAACUUAUGAUUCAAGCAAUGUCAAAGCAUAUUAUCGGAGGGGUCAAGCGUAUAAAGAACUCGGAAAAUUGGAGGCCGCUGUUUCUGACUUGAGUAAAGCCCAUGAAAUUUCCCCUGAGGAUGAAACUAUUGCUGAGGUUCUCAGAGAUACUGAAGAAAAACUUGCACAGGAAGGGGGAGGAGUGAACAUGCGAAAAGGUGUUGUUAUUGAAGAGGUUGUAGAAGAUGAUACUUCACAGCCAUCGAGCAGUCAAAGAAGUUCUCCUGGGUAUACUGUUUCACAACCACCUGAAAGCCAUCAAGCAGUCAGGCCAUCCCAAAAUUAUGUUUCCAAGAGCGGUACUGAAGGCUUAUCGAAGUUAGGAGUUGAAGGAAUGUCGCCUGAACUUGUCAAAACUGCCACCAAUAUGAUUGGCACAAUGAAACCAGAAGAACUUCAGAAAAUGUUCGAAGUUGCUUCUUCAAUGAAUGGCACUAGCUCUGUUGGUCCCAAUAUGGGAUCCAAUAUGCCAGAAAUGUCACCUGAUAUGCUUAAGAUGGCAUCUGAUAUGAUUGGGAAGAUGUCUCCUGAUGAACUGCAGAAUAUGAUGAAUUUUGCUUCUCAGAUGGGUGGGCCUGGUGGUGCCCCUAGGAGCUCAGAGAAUAACUUCCAACCUUCAUCGAGAGCCACAACAAGUAAUUCACCCCUUGGAUCAUCUUCUCAAACUAUUUCGGAGAGCCCUGAUGAACUGUCAAACGAUCAAAGGAUGGGGCAGUCAUCUUCUAGUCUUCCGCCUUCUACAGCUGAUAUGCAGGAAACCAUGAGAAACUCUAUGAAAGACCCUGCAACACGGCAGAUGAUGGCAAACAUGAUGAAGAACAUGAGCCCUGAGAUGAUGGCAAACAUGAGCGAGCAAUUUGGAAUGAAGCUGUCAAAGGAGGAUGCUGCAAAAGCUCAACAAGCCAUGUCCUCAUUAUCCCCCGAGGAUUUGGAUAGAAUGAUGAGAUGGAUGGAGCGAGCCCAGAGAGGGGUAGAAGUCGCGAAGAAGACAAAGAACUGGCUUUUAGGCCGGCGAGGCUUGAUCCUUGCUAUUGUCAUGCUGAUCCUGGCAUUCAUCCUUCACCAGCUUGGGUUUAUCGGCACGUGAUGGUGUGACCUUGCAUCUGCGUGCGGCAAAUAAUUUGUUCGAUAGCGAUGGAGUUUCUCCUUGCUCACAGCUGUUCGGGCACCCGGGAAAUUCCGAAUACGAGAAUUCUUUGAGUCUGUAUCUGUUUUAGAAGUGUAACUGUGUAACUUUGUUUAUAAGCAAUAACAUUCAUCUUAUUUCUUCAAGCAAACGAGGAAUAGAAAGGAAUCCAGCCAAUAUUGUUGUGAUAA